AAAUGUCCACCGAGGAACUAAAAGAACGUGAAUAUGGUGCCGCAUUGGAGGACGAAGAAAAUCCAUAUGCGAUUGGCGCCAAGCCGCCACGAACGCCGGUAGAUGAUGCGGCCGCCGAGCUGAAUGCUAGCCUGGACAUUAGCGGCUCGACAGAGCCCUCAGACGGGGAUGAGGGCUGGGCAGAUCGGUCGCAUGAAACGAGUGCCGCAUCGGAGCUAUGUGAUACAACAGACGAAACGGUGCCGGUGCCGGUUCCAGUGCCGGUCCCAGUGCCGGUGCCGGUGGCGAUGCCGAUGCCGCCUCGACCUCAAACGUACUUGGGCGCUCACCAUAGUCCCGUGUCGGAGGAGGAGGAGGAGAACAGCAGCGCGAGUAGUUCAAGCAGCGGUGAGCACAGCGGCGAGUCGGCCGCAGUACGUUCCGACGAUGCCAGCGAUGACUCGGACGACGAGGCUUCGCCCACCACCGUGGUCGAUGUCAGCGAUUUGACCGGCAACGAUGACUACAGCUGCGGUCCGACUGCUGAAAAUGUGGAAAACGUUGCUGAAUCCGGUACGGAGACAGCCAAAGCAGCGGAAACUGAACAGGUGGUAGCGGAAGCCUUGCCUGAAGGCGAAGAGCCAAUGGAGGUUGAGGGCCAGCCAAUAACUGAAAUGGAAGCGGAUGCGGAAGCGGAAAUGGCAACGGCAACGGGCAUCGAGGAGGCAGUGGACGUGGCGGAAAUGCAGAUCGAAGGUGAAGUGGAAGCGGAAACGGAAAUGGUUGCGCCAGCGGAAGUGCCCGAAACGCCCGAAUCGCCGACAGACGAUGGCGAGGAGCCCAUCGAUCUGCUGCCGCCCUACAAGCGCGGACGCUACAUAUCCGUGCACGCCGACGAUCACCAGCGUCUCGCCGCAGAACUGGCCCAACAACAACAGCAGCAGCAACGCCAACAACAACAACUGCAGCAACAGCAGAGACAGCGACAACAACAAAGGGUUGCGGCGCAAAUGCAGCCGCCCCUGCUGCUAGACGAAUUCGAGAGCAUCUCGAGCAGCAGCGAGGAGGACAACAGCAGCGUUGAGGGCGAUGACGAAGAGGAUGAGGAGGACGGCAGCAGCGACGAAGACGACGACGAUGAUGAGGGCGAUGAGGAUAAAGGCGAGGAGGAGGACGAGGACGACAGCGACAGCAGCGAAAGCAGCAGCAGCGACGAGAGCGAUGAUGAUGAUGUCAUAUUGGUGGAGCAGGAUAGUACAUCGGGCGAAACGGUAACCGCAACGGAGACAACCGAUGACGGUGAGCCCUCGAUAGAUAAACUCGAUAUCAGCGACAAUCCGGAAAAGAUCUACUAUAUAAGGCGCGCCGAUGGCACCGUGCACGCCGGCCAGGUGCUGCAGUCGCGCGUCACCGACAACUGCGUCAGUCCCAACGAGUAUUAUGUGCACUAUGUGGGCCUGAAUCGACGCCUCGACGAAUGGGUUGGCCGGCAUCGCAUAUCGGACAAUGCGGAGGACCUCGGCGGCAUAACGGUGACCAGCGAGCCAGCCGAGCUGCUGGCCUGCGAUCAGCCCAGCACAAGUGCCAAUGCCAGUGCCAUCGCCAGUGCUAGCGCCAGCGCCAGCGCCAGCGCCAGCGCAAGCGCGAGCAGCAGCAGCGCCAACAGCCAGCAGAGCUCCGGCAGCAUGAUGCGACGCAAGCGACAGGGGCACAAGGAUUACUAUUUGUCCGCAUGCGAGAACAAUCGGUACGAUUACAGCGACCGGAAGAUGACACGCUACCAGAAGCGACGCUACGAUGAGAUUAACCAUGUGCAGAAGAGCCAUGCGGAGCUAAGCGCCUCGCAGGCGGCGCUCGAGAAGGAGCACGAGUUCAUCACGAAAAUCAAAUACAUUGAUAAGCUACAAUUUGGCAAUUAUGAAAUCGACACCUGGUACUUCAGUCCCUUUCCGGGUGAGUACGGCAAGGCGCGCAUCCUGUACGUGUGCGAAUAUUGCCUGAAAUACAUGCGUCUGGAGCGGAGCUACAAGUAUCAUUUGGGCGAGUGCGAGGUGCGCCGGCCGCCGGGCAAGGAGAUCUAUCGCAAGAGCACAAUCUCCAUAUUCGAGGUGAACGGCAAGGAUCAGCCGCUCUAUUGCCAGCUGCUGUGCCUGAUGGCCAAACUGUUUCUCGACCAUAAGGUGCUCUAUUUCGACAUGGAUCCCUUUUAUUUCUAUGUGCUCUGCGAGACCGACAAAAUGGGCAGCCACAUUGUUGGCUACUUUUCCAAGGAGAAGCGUUCCCUCGAGAACAAUAAUGUGGCCUGUAUUCUGGUGCUGCCGCCGCAUCAGCGCAAGGGCUAUGGCAAGCUAUUGAUUGCCUUCAGCUAUGAGCUGUCGCGCAAGGAGGGCGUCAUUGGCAGCCCGGAGAAGCCGCUCUCCGAUCUGGGUAGGCUCAGCUAUCGCAGCUAUUGGGCCUAUACGCUGCUGGAGCUGAUGAAGGGACGCUGCUCGGCGGAACAGACGAGCAUAGCGGAGCUGAGCGAAGCCAGCGGCAUUACGCCCGACGACAUCAUCUAUACCCUGCAAUCCAUGAAGAUGAUCAAAUACUGGAAGGGCCAGAAUGUCAUCUGUGUGACGGCCAAGACCAUCAACGAUCACCUGCAGCUGCCCCAGUUCAAGCGACCCAAGCUGACCAUCGAUUUGAAUUAUCUCAACUGGAAGCCACAUGCGCCUCUUCCGCCGCUUCAGCGGCUCCAAUAGCUAGACGGCAGCACUUAUUUUUAAAUUUAUCUAUACUCUAUAAUUUUUUUUUUGUUUUUUUUUUUUUGCAUUGCCAAAAUAUCGCGUAUUGUUCCCGAUAUGAUCAUGAUAUGAGUGUACUAUUGUAGACAAUUUAAUGCUUAAGUAAUUUUUUUUUAAACAAAUCUAUUUUUUUUUUUUUGUAGUCUUUACAUUAAUUGAGGUUAACAAGCAUGAAAAACCAAAACUUCUUAUAGAGUGUUGAUUUGAGGUACGUCUAUUGAAAUCGCGAUUAUGGUAAUUAAGUUUUGAAUCCGAAUCGAUUU